UCUGUGAAUGUCAUCCAUAGCCCCAUACAUAAGAAGAGAGACAUUGCCCUGGCAGCCUCUCACCCCCACCUUCUCCAUCGCCGAACUAUUCUCCGUCGCGCAGAGGCUGUCGUCGCCGCUGGCAUUGCCACAGAACCCUCAAGUCGCCGCUGGAUUAGCCUCACCCUAGCCUCCCACUUCUCCCGUUGACGUCGCUCACCUUCACAGAACCCCCGCUCACGUUCGUUCUCUUAUCGCCGGCGCACCUCAGCUCCGUUGCGGUCCUCUUUCCGGCGUCGCUCACGUUCGUUCUAUCCUCGUCGUCUCUCUCUGUUCAAGCUCUCUCUCUCUCUCUCUCUCUCUCUCUCUCUCUCACCGUUGAACGAUUCCAUUCUUCAUCAAUCAAGGUGCUCACUCUUACACUAAACACAGAUCUCACUCUUACGCUAAACACAGAUCUCACUCUAUCUUCUAUCUUCCCUCUUCUCUUCAUCUGCGUUUAGAUUCGGAAUUAAUAAAAAAAAGCUUCGGAAGAAAAAAAAGAUGGAUCCACCGUCAAUGCUGUAUAGCCAGCUCAAGGCUGCAGAACCGUUCUUCCUGUUAGCGGGUCCUAAUGUGAUUGAAUCAGAGGAACACAUUAUGAAGAUGGCUAAGCACAUAAAGACUAUUACAUCUAAAGUUGGCAUCCCAUUGGUUUUCAAAUCAAGCUUUGAUAAGGCUAACAGAACAUCAUCAAAAUCUUUUCGUGGCCCAGGGAUGGUUGAGGGAUUGAAGAUACUUGAGAAGGUUAAAGUAGCAUAUGACCUCCCUAUAGUAACAGAUGUGCAUGAGUCCAUCCAGUGUGAAGCAGUCGGCAGAGUUGCAGAUAUCAUUCAAAUUCCAGCAUUCUUAUGCCGUCAAACAGAUCUUCUAGUUGCUGCAGCCAAAACUGGGAAAAUUGUCCACAUCAAGAAGGGCCAGUUUUGUGCUCCUUCCGUCAUGGCAAAUUCAGCAGAGAAGGUUCGGUUGGCUGGAAAUCCUAAUGUUAUGGUUUGUGAGAGAGGAACUAUGUUUGGAUACAAUGAUUUGAUUGUUGAUCCACGUAACCUGGAGUGGAUGAGAGAAGCCAAUUGCCCUAUUGUAGCUGAUAUAACACACUCACUGCAACAGCCUGCUGGAAAGAAGUUGGAUGGCGGUGGUGUUGCAAGUGGAGGUCUUCGAGAACUAAUACCUUGCAUUGCAAGAACUGCAGUUGCUGUAGGAGUGGAUGGGAUUUUCAUGGAGGUACAUGAUGAUCCACUGAAUGCACCUGUUGAUGGUCCAACACAGUGGCCUUUACGCCACUUGGAGGAGUUACUUGAAGAGCUUGUAGCUAUUGCUAGGGUAAGCAAAGGGAAGAAAAAAUUCAACAUUGAUCUCACACCAUUUCGUGAAUAGCAAGAAUGGUGAUGAUUUCCUGUUAUUAAAAAUAUAAUUCCCUGAGGAUUGGCCUUUAUAAGAUCAGAUUGUUUUAAGGUUGAAUGUACGAUUAUCCUUGCACCCCAUCACAAGUUCAAGCCCCUUAUAAAGGAGUGCUUAUCCUGAAAGAGAGAUUACUUGAAGUAGUGACACAUCCGAUUAUUAUUUGUCACAGAUUCUAUGUAGCCUUUCAAAUCAUUGCAAUUUCUAGAAGCAAUGUGGAUCUAGAAAGUUAAGUAUUUUAAUGUGUGAUGUUUUUUCUUUAUAUACUAGGCUUCAAAUUCUGUAGUUAAUUAUACGAAUGAUUACUUUUAGUAAUGCAAAAUGCAGCUAGUUUCUCUUGAAUCUUAA